AUGUCUACACGUGCGGCUAAGAAAGCUAAACUAGAAGCUCUACCUCAAUGUCCUUAUGGUGCUACAUGUUAUCGUAAAAACCCUGAGCAUUUUAAACAAUUUUCACAUUCUGAUCCUACAUUGACGACAACCACUACAAUAGAAAUUCAACCUACUAAUAACAAAACAUUGUCUAUAUGUCCAUUUGGUGCUACAUGUUAUCGGAAAAAUUUACUUCAUUUUGCGGAAUUCAGCCAUCCAUUCAAUCUUCUCAAUCCAGAUAUGGAUAGUAGUGAUGAAGAAGAUAUAAAUGAAUCAAAUGUAAAAUUACAAACAACUGGUGGUAGUAAAAAACGUAAAGCAGAAAGUGAAGAAUAUGAUGAUGGAGAUAAAACUGAAGAAUACAAUUCAGAUGAUGAAAGUGCUUAUGAUGUUAAACUUGAAAAAACAUUUUCUAAAAUGAACGAUGAUGAAAAACGUUUAAUGAUCGAAAGAGCAUUUGAAUUAAAAGAGCAAUUACAAGAAAAAUUAAAAAAAUCUCGAGAAGAAGCUGAAGAAAGAAAAAAAGAAGUUGAACAACUUCAAACUAAAAUUACUGAAGGUAGUUUACUGAUGGAAGGCGAAGAAGAAGUACUUAAAGGUACUACUGUCAAAUAUUUUGAACUUUUUCCAGAACGCAAAUAUAAACAAGGUUCUGCUGAUGAAGUACAUUUUCGUCUUGCCGAAUCACAAUUUUAUCGUCUGCUGAGUGGCUAUGCUACAGCAUCAGUAACGAAAGUUGAAUACGUAUGCAAUCCAGUAUUGAUCAAGAACUUCAAUAAAGCACGUGAUGAAUUAAAAGAACAACGUGGUGUAGAAUAUUCGUAUCCCGUUUUGGCAUUUCAUGGUACAGCUGUUGCUAAUAUUCAACCAAUAUGUGAAACUGGCUUUAAAAUACCUGGUCAAAAAGGAUUUAAACAUGCUACCGAUAGUGGAUACUAUGGACGUGGAACGUAUUUCAGUGAAUAUCCUGGUUAUUCAAUGGGAUAUAUUCAAGGUUCAACAAAACUGUUAUUAUGUCAAGUAUUACAAGGAAAAGUCUAUAAAUGUACUAAAUUGAUUAAUGGUGCUGGUCUUCAACAUGGUUUUGAUUCACAUUGUUCACCUUGUCAAAAAGAAUUAGUUAUAUUUCGUAGUGAUUAUAUUCUUCCACAAUAUAUUGUUCAUUAUAAAGUUAAUCCUGGAGAAUUUAAAUAUACACCCCAUGGUAUAACUAAAGAAGUAAUCAAAAAGAAAUUGAAUAAAAUUGGUAAAUUAUAUAAAAAAGCUGUUGCAGUGAAAGAUCAAAAAAUAUUCAAUGAUUCUAAAUUUGCAUUUAUUGGUCAAAUGACUGACACACCUAUAGCAAUUGAAACACUUAUUCAUCGAUUCGGUGGUUCUGUUUGUAAAAAUGAAUUAGCUUCACAUGGUAAAAAAACAUCGAAAAAAGCUCUUGCCUACGCUUAUUUUGACGGCAGUAAAUAUGAUCCACCUAAUAUAGUCAUUUGUUCACUCGAUGAGAUGGAAGCAGUAACUCCAUCCAUGGAAUUACAAGCUUAUAAAAAUAUGACUUACCAAUCAUUUUAUCGUGAAGAUUUUCUAUAUGACUCAAUCAUUGCAGGUACAAUGAAACCUCUCGAAGAAUACGAACAUAGUUAA